AUGACGUUUCCACAAGAUAGACAAAGUCUAGAUGAGGACGAAGAGGAUGAAUUGUGGAAAUUUGUUUACGACCGUAAAAUAGCCGGCAAAACGUCCGAAACGCUUCAUCAAGUGCUCAAAGAAUUCAAAUCAACGAGAAUGGCUCGGCAACGGACUCUGACUGAUGUUGAGUUUCAUUUUCACAAGGAAAUGGUUCCAAAUCUGUACAAGACAAGAUAUCUGACGCCGUUGCAGAUUCUGGAGACAUAUCGGCAUUUUGAAAUUCCGCUGACGAGGCGCGCCAGACAAGUACUGCAAGUCCUGACAGGAGGAAAUAUUCUGAGGUGCACUUCACAGGGAUUGCUCAUAUCCUGGAAUUCUAGAAACGAAGUUGAUGUUCCUCCAAGAAUUCGAGAGCAACCGGUAAGGAUUACUGUACCUGGCCACGUGGAAGUGCUCAUGUGGAAGCACAUUCGGAAGCAUGCGGAAAGGCUAGAAGCUCAGACACUUCAUACGGAGUAUUUCUGGGAAUCAAUGGAGAUGGAAGAGGAGGAUAGAGAGAGAGUUACACCGGAGAUGAUGGUUGAUUACUUCCGCGAAGCCAUCAUGCCACGUUUCUUCGCUCUCAAAAUCGACCCAGAAUCGAAAGCAGACCUGAUGCGCUGUCUUCGUCUGAAACCCACGAUAGCCCAGAAGUUGUGGCUGAUUCAUCACGAUUCGCUACUCCUGACGACCGACAAAACCAGUGGCAAUAUUGUGGAUUGGCUGUUUUGGAGGCGUGACCGAGAUCCAGAAGACGUCAAAAUGAAUCCGUUGGAAGGAUACAGGACUCCGAAAAUGUACGAACCGUCGCCAGAGAAGAAGCGAACUCCAGUGUCUGAUGAGGAAAUUGCAGACGAAGAAUCGACGAUGAUUGCAGAAUACCUUAGAUGGCUGAAAGAAGAUGCUGAGAAGAAGGACCAGGCCGCUCAUAAAGCUACUUUGAGAAAUGGAAGACGUGAAACCAUUGCUGAGUAUGAUCAGGAGCCACACAAAAGAGCCAGACGACGUCCGAGUCCGGAAGAGAUCGAUCGAGAUGCUAGAGCAUUGAUGGAUGGCAUCUUCGCAGAGCUGGAAGAUCUGGAAGCAUGCGAGGUGAUAUUGAAGGAUUGCCAGACUGAUCAGAAGGUGGAGGAAGAAAUUCAGGAGGAUCAAGAGGUUCAAGCGGUUGAGAAAGAAGCUCAGGAAGUUCUAGAGAUCCAGGAGAAGCAGGAAGAUUCCGAGCUUCCAGACGUUCCAAAUGAUGACGUGGCAAUGAAGGAGAUUGUGUAUUACGACGCAGUGGAUGAGCAAUAUUAUCAAUUUAUUGGCGACGAGAUGGAGCCGGAAUUUCCAGUCGAAUCGCGGGAAGUGGUGAUGGAAAAAGAGGUGAUUGAGCAAGAUAUGGAAUGGGUCGCUGCAGACGAGAGGAGAGAGUUUGAGUUUAAGCCCGCCAACUCUCUAAUCGCCUCCAUCGACGACGACGACGACGACGAGAUCAUUGACGUCGUCAACUUCUCUCCAGAUGAAGACUGGCAAGAGCAACUUUUGAAGCGAGACAGAGUGAGCUAUCAGUAUCCAGUCUAUUUGAACGGUCGAAACAGUUAUGAGCAGCAUUUGUUUAUGGGAAUGGAGCAGCAAGAGUUUUCAAGUGUCGAGUAUGACUUUGAGCAGCCUGAUGUUAGGAAUUUGCCAUCCACAUCGGCUCCAAAAAGAACUGUCAGAGCACCAAAGAUGUAUUCCCCAGAAGCAGCUCCAAAACCAACUCCUGCUCCAAGUUACCCGAAAAACACCGCCGCUCUGAGAGAUCCCGCUAGAAGUCAUCCCAAACUUUAUACAGCGAACCCACGGAUUCCUACUGUAGCUAGAUUCAAAUCCUCCAAAAUUCAAAAUGUCGCUGCUCCACCAUCGCCCCCAAAACGCCAGAAGAGAGCUGCCGCCAAAUCUCCAAAAAUAGCGAAAACUCCUGUUAAGAGAGCAAGGAAGGAGCCGACGCAGAGGCGAUCGACACGACUGGAGCCGGUUGCUUCAGAAUCCGGCCAAGAGAAAGUGGCCAAGCCGGAUGCUUCAGAAUCCACCCCAUCGGAUCCUUCUCCAAAAGAAGACGUCGAAACGUGGCAAGAGAAGCUGGCGCGAGUUUGUCCAGUAUUCUAUAUCCAAACGACACCGGGAAUUAUCAAAAUCGGAGACACCGGAAUCUUUAUGGACAAGCACAACGUCAUCAGAAGAGUGCCACCACCAGAACCGCCGUAUCAAACGUUCUCGAAGAUUAUAUCCAACGAUAAGGAUAUAAUAAAAUAUUAUAAUGCUAUGGAACUGAAGCCCUUUUCGUUUGAAUGGGAUGAUGGAAUUUCGUUUGUGAAGGAUGGAGCGAAAUUCGAGAUGAUUUUGAGAAACAAGUCUAAGGAGACGAUUCAGAAGGAGAGAGAAGGGAAUGAGAGAUCUACGACGACCCGCAGAAGCUUCCGAAUGCUCCAAAAACGACGUGCAAUGUCUCCAGUCUUCUCCACCCAAUCAUCAAUUCAAUCAUCCCGUCGAACUUCAUCAACUCGUCAAUAUUCUCCAUCUCAUCGUUCUUCAUCUGAAUUCUCCUCAUCUUCCUCCACUACAAACUACAAAUCUCUAUUGUUUUCCAAACACCGUGGAAUUUUCCCCGUUAAUCGAGAUUCGAAUAUUCCAGAUUUCCAGCAGUAA